AUGGCUUCAAUUGGUUUACACGUAUUAACUCUUAUACUUGGAAGUUUAUUUAUUUUUAUGGGUCAUAUUAAAAUAACACCACAAUUUUUUCCUGAACAACAUAUACGUAUUAAAAAUGAAUUUGGAAAAUUUAAUAAAGAAUUUCCAUUUCAUCGUCAAACUGGUUGGCGUCCAUAUGCAAAAAAUUAUCGUUUAGCAAUUGGUAUAACUGAAGUAGCUUGUGGAUUUUUAUUAGUUCUUGGUUUUUUUUCAACAUUAGCAAAUUUAAUUUUAUUGAUGGUGAUGAUAAAUGCGAUAAUUACAUUUCAAAAAUUAAAUUAUCCUAUGGAAUAUAUAGGUGUAUUAAUAUGUAUUUCAUUUUUACUUUUAUUACGACUUGUUUUAGCAUCAAGAUCAAAAGUUAAACAAUCAAUAAAAUCAACUACGACAAAAGUUGAAAAAACAAGUUGA